AGAAACCUUCGGGCAGCAUCGGCUCUAGUCGACAAAGUCCGUGUUUUUUUUUCUUUUCUCCGUGCGAAAGCCAGGGAGCAGAGCCAGAAGGCUAUUACGACAGUUGCACAUACAACUUUUACGAGAAAGCCCUCGCCAGGCUGUCUCGAAGUGUAUGCGUCUUAAAUAAUCACAUCAUGCUAAUGAGUUUAAACAGUGUUUUUAUUGAAAAAUUGUGCUGUGGAUUUAAUAUACGACCGACAAUUUAUAGUACGAGACAUUUACCUUCUUGAUCGUUUGUUUAGAUAUUAUAUUUUAUUGUGCAAUAAGGUGAGGUAAGAAGCAUGCCAGCCAAAGGGGGAAAAAGGGGAAAAUCGGGCCAUCGUAAUCACGGUAAACGUGCCGAAGUGGUGUCGGAUGAUGAUUCAAGCAAUGAUGCUGCCAGCAUUAUCAGCGGGCAAUCGGACAACCGAAGUGUCUUAGCAGAGGACGUAGCAAAUGACAACAAUGAAGUGGAGGAACUGAGCCAGCAGGAGGUUUUUGAAGAGAAACUGAAAGAGGCUAUCGAUGGACUGUCUCAGAAGAGUGCCAAGGGCAGGACAGCAUGUUUUGUUGGUAUUGAGAGGAUCUUUGCCCUUAAGUACGUUCCGGACUUUGUCGAGGACAGGAAGAUGACCAUUACCGAUUCUGUAGAACGUGGUCUGAAAAAGGGCCGCAACGAGGAACGUUGCACUGCCGCGAGACUGAGUACUCUUCUGUGUGUCCAACUUGGUGGAUUUGAAAGUGCUGAGGUUGUUUGCCAGGAUCUUAAAGCCACUCUUACGUUCAUUGCCAAUGAUAACUCUGCAUCCACUCACGCUAGAGCUGAGUGUUGCUGGGCGUUGAGUAUGAAUCACUUUUUAUCAGGAAAUGAUGCCGCCGAUACCAUCAGUAAUGUGCACUUAUUGUCAAAUAUAUUUGCUGGUUCAUAUCUUAAAGGCAAUGGUGCCGCAGCUUUGGUAUCCCCAGAAAUAGGAGCUUUACACGCGGCUGCAUUAUCUGCUUGGACUCUUCUAUUAACAAUCAUGGCACCUUCUGAUAUUUAUAAAUUACUUGCUAGUAGUAAAACCAACAAUUUCAUGCCUUCAUUGGAACGUUUACGUCAAUUAUUGGAGUCGCCACAUCUAGAAGUGCGCAUGUCCGCCGGUGAAGCCCUUGCAGUGAUUUUCGAACUCGGUCGAGAACAUUCUGAUGACUACGAGCAAGACUGGGCACUCGAUCUCAUUGAAAAUCUAAAGGAACUGGCGACUGAUUCAAACAAAUUCCGCGCUAAGAAGGACCGCAAGCAACAGCGCGCCAGUUUCCGGGACAUACUUCGUUAUAUUGAGGAGGAUGUCGUACCGGAAAUGCAAAUAAGAUUCGGAAAAGAAACCCUGUAUCUUGUGGGAUGGUGUCCGCGUAUUCAAUACAACGCAUGCUGUCGCUUGCUAGGCCCAGGUAUCAACAUUCAUCUCGCGGAAAAUAUAUUACUGCGCGAAAUAUUUCAUCUCGGCGAAGCGAUUCCUGCAACGGCGACCCAAAAGACAAGUAAACUACAAAAAACUCUAAUGAAUGCCGCCGCAUUCAAGGCACGAACUAUUCUACGAAACAAAACCCGUGAUAAGCGUUCGGUUUUAGCACAGUAACUAAAUUAUUAAUAUUCACAAUAAGAAUAAUGAUAAAGUACUCAUGCUUCUUCCUCAUUUGAAUAAAUUUUUUUCAUUUCUUUUACGUAAUUAUAAAAAUUCACGUAAAUAUUUUUUUUUUUCUUAGUGAAAACAUUUAUUACACUUGUUUAGAUAAAUUUUUUCUCGUACUGCGACGAUUAAAUAUUUGUUGUAUUUUAUCUGUUGCUAAUUUAUACAUAUAUAUAUAUAUAUAUAAUGUCAUACACAUAAUUAUUUUUGUUUGUUUUCUUCUUUCAAAUUAAUCGAAUAAUUGAAUGUCAUUGUAAUAACUUUUUAAUUGAUCUAGGAUAUUGUAAAAUUAUUAGUAAACAAUCGUAUACUUUAAUUGAACUAUAAAUUUUUUAAAAAGUAUUUACAUAUACAACACAUUUGAUUAGAUAAUAAAUAUUAAUGAUGUGUAUGGGUGUUAGCUAAUUACAUAAUAACUGAAUUUAUAAAUAACGCUCGAUUGAUGUUUCCAGAAGCUAUUACUGAAUUGACAUUAACAUAUUUAUUUUAAUUAUUGAGUUUUAAUUGUAAUUACAAUAAUAAAAUCAAAUAAAUAUAUAAAUAUCAAUGUGGAAAAUAUUUUUCCCUGGUAAAAUUGAGAAAAUUGGUACUUAUGCAACCGUUUAUCUAUUUUAUAUCGAUUAGUAUGACAAGUCAUACGUAUAAGAGGUCUAUAUAUUAUUAUUGUUAUUAAAUUGAAAAUGACUUUUAAAUCUGGUAAGAGGUAAAAGUAUGUAAAGUAACCUUGAAUCAUUAAUUAUACAUGCAAAUUAACAGUU